UCCGACAACUCAUCUGAGCUGUUUUGGCCGGCAGGUCCAGUUUUGCAGCUGUGUAACGUGUUUGAGGCUUGCUGCCUCGUCAUGGGCGAUUUGGAAAACGCUCAACCCAUUGGUGAUAAGACUGCCGACGAAGGUCCGUCUUCGGUGCCUCAGCCAGCGACGGACGUGUACUUUAGUGCUAACGAGACAAUCAUCCGUGAUUUGCUCUCGGAUGAACUACGUUAUCAUUCCCCUCCUGCAUACUGCCAAAACGAACCUCCAGCGCAGGCUAUCUGGAUGCGUAGAGCAUUACUAAACUGGCUGCGAGAAGUGUGUGAUCAUAGAAACACCGACGCUGAGGUUCUUGCUCAUGCGGCUCAGUUGAUUGAUCGCUAUCUCCAUGUUGGCAACACGGAUAAACGCGAUUAUCAGCUAGUUGGGGCUACCUGUUUUCUACUAGCUAGUAAGCUUAAAGAAACAAUACCGGUGUUAGUAGAAAGGCUUGUACAAUAUACAGACUUCUCUGUCACUAAGGAGGACAUAUUAGCAAAGGAAAUCGUGAUUGCGGUCACGCUUCAAUGGGACCUGACCUGUAUAACACCAAUUGACUUUAUUCAUCCAAUAACCAGUUUCUUUACUUGUGAAUCUGGAUUGAGGCAGCUCAUAAGGCAAUCUGCGAAGCAGAUUUUUAUGAAAAUUCUCCAUGUUGAAGGGGUAAAUUUGUUUCGACCUUCGUACACCGCGGCGGCAUGUAUUCUGUAUGCUGUGAGACUAACUGUGGCUCCUGACGCAGAUGGUUUUGCAUCGGGAGUAAGGUCACAAAUGGAGAGGUUGCUUGGACUGGAGUCGGUAAGUUCAUGGGUAAAAUGGCGGUGA